ACGAGUCUUAUUUCUUUUAUUUGUAGUUAGCAUUUAGCGACCGACCGGUUCAGGACAAUAAAAUGAAAGUUAUAAUAAUUCUGAUAGUUCUAUGUUUCGGUGCUACAAUAAUAUCAUCAGCUCUAUACGGCACUGAAAUUGCAGUGGGCAAAGAAUGGUGGAAUGAAAAUUUUUAUCUCAAAUUUAAUUCGCCCAGUGGAAAGUCGUUCUAUAUUGAUGGCAUCGAUGGGAUCAUUUAUCUGGAGAAAGAUCCUGCGUUCACCUUCGGACUGAAUCCACCACCAGGGCCGCCUCCACAAUCAGGAGUAUUGGUAACGCAGACAGAAAUACCACUGAAUGCAAGGAAAGAUUCGCCGUUCAUUAGUUUCAUUUCGAUAGAUUUUCGAAUUUUCGACAUUUAUUUUGAUUACGACGGCAACAACAAUCAGAAUCCGAGAUUGGAAAAUACCAAAUUCGUUUACGAGUAUAAGUAUUCGUUAAUACGGUCACGUCUGCAUUCAUUCGUUGGACCAAAUAAAAAAAAUUACCAGAUUACAUACAACGUUGGUAAUGAAAUCGAUAUUGCAGAAAAAUCGCCAAACGUUGUGGAUCAUUUUCAAAUCAAAACUUUUGGUCCCUACGAAAAAUGGGAGCAUACUUACGAUUUUUCCGACAAUGGAGCAGUUGUUGUAGACCACACGAUUUCACCUAUUCCGGUGCAACCGAAUCGUUCGAUAUCAUUAGCUGAACUGGAACCAAACAGUUUCAUCGGCGAGAAUUCGAUUCGAACAUUUGUUAAAUUCAACACACCCAGUGGUACGGAAUACCACAUCACAACACAACUGAAUAUCGUCCCAGUGAGUGUUAUGGUGAAAGAUACAGCUUACAUUACCUUCACAAUGCAUAAUGGACGAACAUACGAGAUUCAUAUUGACGAGAAGGUUGGCAAUGCAUACCUAGUGGCCAAAAGCUUCGGUGAGAAUUACUUUGGACGUCAAAGACUGCACUCAUUUGUUGCACCGAACCGAAUCUUGUAUCGAAUCGACCAUAAAAACGAGAGCGACCAUGAAGUACCAGUGUUAGUGCCAGAUUCUAGCGAUUCUUCCGAUGUACACAUAACACUCGUGGAGCCGAACCGUCUCUACAACAAGUAUGUAAAGUACAUAUUCUCAGACAACGGAAAGAAACUAUUCGAUCGAGUGGAUGAAAUUGACUGGACCCCACUAAAUGAGCUACCAGCGAUACCAGUAGAAGAAGUAACAGCUGAUUAUUUAGUAGCCAACUUACCGUUUUUGACCUUAUACACACCCAGCGGAAACAAUUACCACAUCUUUGCGGAAGGCACAAACCUUAGCAUUGCUGUCGAGAAAGUGAUGACGCAUUCGCAAAGCCUAUACAUAAGCUAUGGUUGGAAUAAGACUCACAUCCAUUUUGCACCAGGUGCUGAUCCUUAUUUGGAUGAAGAGGGAACACAGACAACUGGAAACGAGGACCACGUCUCAUUUCAAUUUUUGUCAUUUACUACAAUCGAUCAAAAGGAAUAUUCAAUCAAAUCGACAAUAGAUGAUGACGACAAUUGGAAGCCAUCAAUUCAACUGCCAUCUCAAGUGAAAGAACCGGUAGAUCAAUCCCCCGUGAACGGGUUAUCUAUAACAAUACAGAACGAGAACGGUUGGCAAAAUGUCUAUCGUUUUACAUGGAAUGGUGAUAAGCUGGUUGAAGUUAUUUCUGAACCCCCGAGACACUUCGUGGACAACAAAGUCUUACAAUCUUUGAUUGGAUAAUAAAGAAUAAAAUUCAUUGAAA